AUGACGCGAGCCUUUGCUUCAGUUUUCCCAACUGAUUUCCUAGAACCAUGGAAGUUAAGCGAUGUGGUGCUCGUUGUUGAAGAUCAGAAAUUCCACGUUCAUCGAAGCAUUCUUGCGUUCUGGUCGCCCGUGUUUGAAAGAAUGUUCACUUCAGAAUUCAAGGAGAAGAAUAACGAUGAAAUCCCUCUUCCAGGGAAGAAAGAAAGCGAAAUCAAACACCUGCUACUCAUGCUGUAUCCUUCUUUAGAGGAGAAACAAGUGACAAAGAGGAAUUGUUAUUAUCUGUUUGAACUUGCUCAUGAAUAUCAAAUAGAUUCCAUCGCUCGGAAGUGUGAGGCGUUAAUGGUUACUAUGGUCAAACAAAGAAUUGAGAAUGAUGUUCUGGCAAUGCUUAUCUAUGGACAAAAGUACCAUUUAAAAACUCUGAUAUCGACGUGUAUAUAUGAAGCAAGACGCUUGAAAUCGGUGGAAUUAGAUGUGUACAAUAGGCAUGACGAGAUCGAGCCAGACAACUAUCUGAAGAUUGUUAAAGGAAUUAUCCAGCGACUCGAGACACAGUGUAGGGAGGUGAGACGUGGGAGUCUGAAAAGUCUGGAGCGUGUAAGUCAAAGCCUGUACGUGCAUGCUAAAGUUAAAAACAACGAGCCCAUUCCAUCUUUCAGUAGGCGGCCAUACAAGAACGAUAUAGUGAUGUCAAGAACCAUUGGUGAACGUCUAGAUUAUCUACUGAAUGACGAUGAUAAAAGCAGCGGUAACGUUCAAUGUAUGAACCUUAAAAGCGUUGCCGAAGAGUUGAUAGCUCACAAGGAAACGAUUGAGACCCUACCUUGA